GUUGGGGUAUACUUACUUAGUAUCAAGCACUGUGUGUGAUAUCGUAGAUCUGCAUUCAUCGGCGGCAUGUCUUCAUUCUUUGGACUAGGCAAGACUCGCACCUUCAAACCUCGAAAGGACGUUCCCGAGGGCACCAAACAAUAUCAGCUGCGAAAGUAUGCAGAAGCAACUUUGGGUUCUGGCAAUCUGAGGUUGGCUGUUCGGCUGCCUGAAGGUGAAGAUACAAAUGAAUGGCUCGCUGUUCAUGCGGUUGAUUUCUUCAACCACUUGAACAUGUUGUACGGUACUGUUACCGAGUUCUGCACGCCGCAGGAGUGUCCGAUAAUGUCCGCUGGUCCGCGUUACGAGUACCUCUGGGAGGAUGGUGUUAAAUAUAAGAGACCCACGAAGCUACCUGCCCCCGAAUAUGUAGACGCAUUGAUGAACUGGACUCAGAACAUUCUCGACGAUGAAACUGUAUUCCCCAACAAGAUUGGCGUACCAUUCCCCCGAACUUUUCGUGAGACAGUGCGCACGAUCGUACGCCGUUUGUUUCGCGUAUAUGCGCACAUAUACAGCAACCACUUUGACCAAAUUUGCGCCCUUGGCAUCGAAGCUCAUCUGAACACCAGUUACCGUCAUUUCUUUCUAUUCAUUAACGAGUUUGAACUUGUGGAUAAGAAAGAGUUAGCACCUCUCGAUGAGCUCAAUGACGCCAUCCUUGCCGAGGAUAAGUCCCGAUGAGGUUGUAUACCCUAUCUCACUACUUUUACUCCAAUCUGUCAUCAAGUUCCGAAUGGCGAUGUCAUUACCGAUCAGUUAUGCUAUACGUGUGCGCGCGAUAUGGAGUACAAACUUGUGGAGUCGGUCAUGUAUGAUGCACUCGGGGACAGACUGUUCACCGAAGAUGUGAACGAUUCUCAACUAAUGUACAGAGAACUUCGUGAGCAGUGUUACACUGUGAAAUUAAUGCAGUGAAAUGAAGGGGAUCAUGGAUGAUACAGUCCAACGGGGGAAUUGAAGAAGUGCGCGCCCUUUCCUGGGGUAUGUAGGCCGGAAUGGGAGACAUCCCUUCCGGAUGAGGUUAUUUCACGUUUUAAAUUGUCCUCUGCAGUUCUAAUAUAAGCAGAAUCGUCGAAGAUUCGGAAUGGUGGGCAUACCUUGACUGCUGACCACUGUACAA